UUCGGGGUUUUCAAAAAAUAAUCAAAUAUGUCUGCGACCAUGAAAAAGUAAACAGUUUACAGAAAUAUUUCGAAAUAAGUCUUGGAGAAGAGAGUUUAUCCCAUUUAUUUCAUUAACGAGAGUAGAAAGGCCAUGUUAUGUACCAGAAAAGUGAAAUGUCAAAAGUGAUAUCAUUUAGGAAGUGGCAGCUGCUCUUCUUGUUGGUGUCCAUUAUUCUUCUGCUGUAUUUGGUAACCUCCUUCCUACGUCCGUCCAAAAAAAAUGUACCAUCGGCUACAACACACAUAAACAGCCAUUACAUAGAGUGGCCUGAAUUACGAGUGGCCGAUGAUUCUGAGGCAUGGUUCAAGAAGUACUGUAUGAAGUCUGAAUCACCUUUGUCACUGGAGAAUUACCCAGAGAUAAUAGAAGUAUGGAAGAGUUCUACAGACUUACCCUGCAUGGACAUGUACAAAAGGUUUUCUGCAAUUUUCACUAUCACUGAGAAUCCAGCAAAAGUAGUUAUACCAGAAACCUUUGCCACAAAGGUCAAAGGUUGGCUGGGAGGAAAUGAAAAACUCUUCAACAAUGUGAAAGAUCAGAGAAUCUUAUUCAUUUACAAUGAAUACACAAGAGAGGAGAAUGUCUACAAUCCCUUGAGAGAGAAAAGACCCAUGUCUAAGCCACCAAGACCAGAGAGGGAAUAUGUUGAAGAAAUAUCAGAGAAAACUGCACAGACAUGUGAUUUCUGUCGAUACAAGACAAACACUGCGGAGGAUGUAUUUGGGCGGGUGGAGGGGGAGUUUUCCUUUACGGCAGCCAAUACGUUCAAGCUGGACCACUGGCACACCCUGUCACUCAUCAAGAAGCACCACCCCCUUAACUGGACAAACACCCAGUUUAUGGACCUCAUGAAAACAUCUCAGAAAUGGUUACAGAAAGCUUAUGCAAUAGACCGUAGCUACAAGUACCCCAUGUUGAUCUGGGACAUGCUGCCUCACGGUGGGGCAAGUCAGAUUCAUCCACAUGUCCAUAACUUCCUGGAUAGAACCAGAUAUCAAGGGGCUGUGGAGAACUGGAGAAUGGCAGCUAACCUGUACACAAAGGACCAUCCUAAGAACAACUAUUUCUCAGAUCUCAUCAUGAUCCACAUGUCCUUGGGGCUAGGAGUGAAGUACGGCAAAGCCGUGGCUUUGGCAUCUCUGGUUCCUAAGAAGGACAAUGAAGUCAUCAUCAUCAGUGAGGAGGCUGACCAAGACUUCUUUGAUCUUCUGUAUUUUACUUAUAGAGCUUUCAUUGAUGACAUGGAGAAACUGUGCUACAGUUCAGGGAUAGGGCUUCCCAGCUUGGACCCAGAAGAUAGACUGGGGCGUAUUCCUGCGUUUGCCCGUCUUAUCACCAGGGGCCCAGUGGAGGAUAUCAGGUCCGAUAUCAGCUCACUGGAACUAUUUACGGCUCAAAAUGCUAACACAGACCCCUACAAAGUGAUACAGUUUAUUAGAAAUUCCAUCGAGAAACGUGACCGGCGACACAAGAGUUAACCCCCGGCCUUGCUUGCUAAAUAUUUAUUUAUUCGGUGUGACUGAGAUUAGUGAACCAUGAUGACUUUUAAUGCUCAAGUUUGUUUGUAUGUCUUUGUAUCUUCCAAGUGAUGAUUUUAAUGUAAAAAACAAGAGUACAUUUAUAGGUAUAACUAUUUUGUGUAUGUUUCAUGUGAGUGGGAAUUUUUUUUUUCUAGAUGUGAUCAGCUAUGUAGAAAUUUAAUGGUUUUGCAAAGAAGUCAUAAUAAAUUGUUCAGGGUGUAUAGAUACAUGUAUGUAUUUAAUAUAUUUUGUGCAGAUUUUAAUGAGACCAAAAUAAAUAAAUAGUUUAGCUCCAGUUCCUAGACUGACAUUAAGGUCAGACAACAUGUUCCUCAGUUUUGUAUAACUUUUUCUAGGAAUUUGAUAUUGAUUUACUAUACUACUUUGACAAGCUUUCUUGCUAAAAAUUCGGGUACCUUACCAGGCAUUUGUGCAGGAUACUAGAUUAUGCAAUUUUUUAUAUCAUCUUGUUGAAAAUACAUUUGAAUUGCUGAUAUAAUAAUUUUUGCAUAUAUGGGUGUAUAUAUAUAUUUUUUUCCUGGAAAUUUUAAUCAUUUUAAAAUGAUAAUAAAUAAUCAAGGAGAUACCAAAAAGAUGCUCGAGGAACAUGUCGUCUGACCUUAAUUACCGUAUGUACGUUGUAAGCUGGCCCUAUAAACUUUGUAGUAACAUUUUGUGUUCCUCUGUGAUACAUGGCCUGAUUCAGGGUCUCUCUGUGAUAUUCACAGUUUAAGUCAGUCGAUAUCAUUUCACGACAACUUUGCUUCUAUAAUGUAAUAGUGCUGACAUUUUCUUGCUCUCGAUAUACAUGCAGUAGUGUUGUAUACACGGGUUGAAAUAUGUGUUCUAAAUACCUGCACUCACACGGUACUUUGAGGUGCUUUGAGUAAUUCAGUUCUGUAGAAAAUGUAAUGUAUAUUACAUGUAAUAUAUUAAUAUAUCAUUCCAAUACAUGAGAAUUGUUUUAUCUUAAUUAAAGAUUAUACUGUUUUAGACGGUAGGAACUUGCACAAGUCCCUGUUGAAUCUAUUUUUAAAAAAAAAUUUAAAAACUGACAAGGAAAAUUAUUGUUGUAGCAUAUCUUUAACAUCAAUAUAACACAAUCUAUAUUUUUGGUAAAAUGUGCCAUUUUGGAUAUCAAGUUUCUACUUUGUGUUUUGCUUUAGGAUCCUUUUUUGCACAAAAUGUAUGCUGUUUUUAUUUUUAAAAUAUUUUUUUUUUCAUGUACUUCAUUACAUAAUAAAAAUAUAUAUUUAAUGGUUA